AGAAGGAAGCAUAGACUCUUUCCAUAAAUCAGCUAUUUCUGCUGCAAACACACAUCCUGUGUGACCGUAAUUGCCAGAUAGAGGAAGGGAGAAACCUCAGAGGGUGGUUCACAAACAAGGACUCAACACCAGGAAGGAGAUCCCAUCUCAGGACCACGGAGCUCCUCAGAGCACGGAAUCUCUCCUACGAUACUGACAGACACCUUAGCAGAAACUCAACAAGAAUCAUCAGAGGGCCAGCACCAGCUACAGCAUUAUGACAUCCCAACCUGUACCCUCUGGCAUGUUCAUGAUUGUAACCCCCAACGGAAUCAGUAUCCCCCAGACGGGACAGCCUGGGCCUUCCUCCUCUGAGUCAAACAGUAACCUGAAGAAGGGUCUCAAGGAAGAAUCCAAAGCUCUGGGGACCAUCCAAAUCUUGAAUGGUGUGAUGAUUUUGAGCUUAGGGAUUAUUUUGGCUAGCAUACCCUCCUCGUCCUUCUUUGAAUCUUCCUAUUCCAAAAUCGUGAAGUCCAGCUACCCAUUCGUAGGUGGGGUGUCGUUUAUCAUUUCUGGAUCACUCUCUAUAGUGUCGGAAAAGAAAAAGACGAAAUCCUUGAGCCACAGCAGCCUGGCUGCAAACGUGAUCAGCGGCAUCGAGGCUACGGCUGGAGCCAUCUUGCUCGCCAUCAUCCUGCCUGAGAUGCAGAUGGGGACAACUGAGUGUAUUGAGCACAUUCAUAAUCAAGAAGACAACAAGAACCAGGAUGACAUUUAUAGGCACCAUUUCUCUUCUUCCAGUGACUGGGCAUGCCACAUGGCGGGCAGUGCUCUCUCUGGCACUCUGGCGGUGAUGCUGAUUCUCACUGGGCUGGAGUUAAGUGUUUCUGUGUUUGAGGCUUUCUUUGGCUGGAAGAGAAUGUCACUGGAAUAUGAUGGGAGAGUUCUCUUUCUACCGCAUGGUCGCCAUACCAAUUCCAGCUUAAAGACAGUUCUGACUGAACGUGGCUAUGAAGAACUGGGGGCUUCCAAUUAGAAGAUGGCACCUCAAAUCCUUCUGUGGGUUUUGGAGGCCACCACUACAGGAGAAGGCCAAUGCCCAAGAGAAAUGAAUUAGCGUUCUUGUAAACGUCACAUGCUGAUGGAGUGGCAGAAAAUGUUUGUUCCUUUUAAAGUAAAUUUCUCUCUUUCAUGUGGGUCA